CUAUAAAACUCAAGUGGACUAUAGGAUAUCAAGAUACCACAAAUCAAAUAGCAAAACAAGUCUCAGAAGCAAAGACAUAUCACGAUUGGUCAAAGAUAAUUGAAGAUAAAUUAAUUGACAAUUACGAUUAUAUUCCAACAGAAUAUAAGAGUAGAAGAAUAUAUUAUUACGAACUAAUAAGUCUCACACCAACUCUAGUAGAAAUAUAUAAUCCAGAAGAAGUGAAUGAACCAAACUUAUUCUGCAAAGUAGAAUUAAAAGAAAGAAGUCCAAGAGAAAAAGAAAAACUUCCAAGAAAGAAAUCAGAACCAACAUACGAUAACUGUAUAAUCUGUAACGAAUUUAGAAGAGUAAAUCAAGUAGAAAAAAUCUGUAAAAGUUGCAAGAUAACAAUUAACAGAAAAGAAACUGAAAGAAGAAAUCAGGAAUUUCUUGAAUCAGUAAAACUUCGACAAGAAACAAUACAAAACUGUGAACAUUGUCUUGAAAGACAUAAAGAGUGUAUAAAGAAAAUAGAAAAGCAAAUCUUUGAUUUGGAUGCAAUUGCAGUACAAGAGUUAAACUGUACUCAAAGAAACGAGAACUGUGAAACUAUUUCAAAGAAAAAAGGAAAGACAAGAAAUAGAGAAAAACAAAUCUUAGAAAGAAAAAGAAAACCUAAAGAAAGAAGAUUUGAAAAGUGUAGAUUGUGCAAAAUACCACAAUUCUUAGAUUACGCAUACACUUGUAAAAAGUGUAGGGUAAAGAAAACUCAAGAAGAAUGUAUCAACUGUGCAGGAGAAGGAUUAACCUGUACACCAGCAGAAAAACAAGAUCAUACAUCUUUAAGAAAAAGCUGUGAUAAUUGUCAUAUCAGAAAAAAGAAGUGUCAGAAAUCACUUACAGACAAACAGUGUCACUAUUGUAAGAAAGAAGAAAAAGAUUGCACUUACAAUAUCAAAACAAAGAACCGACAAUAUUAUCAUACGAUAAGAAAAUUGAAAUUAAUGGUAGUAUACUGGAAUAUACUAUUAGAAAUAAAACGAGCAAUUCAAGAUUAUCAAUCUCAAAUAAUUACAGAAGAAAGCUUAAAAGAAAAGCUAAAUAAAAAUCUGAAAGAUUUACCAACAGGAACAUUAAGACAAUUAGUCUGUAACCUCUUCUAUAUGACAUUAGAAAGAGAAUCUAAACAACUAACAAAAGUAGUUGAAGAAAUAGAUAGACAAACAGAACCAAGCAAAUUGAUAGAAGCUUUAGCAGAAGCACAAACAGCCUUUGAAGAAAUAGAAACAUUUACAACAUUUCUAACAGAAAUAGUUGACGAAAUAGAUAAUAUAAAAGCAAGAAUAGAAUUAGGACAAUUAGUAACUACUUCAAAUUUAAACGAUAAAAUAAUAUCAACAAAACAACAAUUUGAAACAAAAUUGAGACGAGAAUAUAAUCAGAAUAGAGAACAAAGAAGAAUACUAGAAUCUCUAUUAUCCUAUAUAUUUACUGUAAUAACCUGGGAAGAAGAUCCAGACAAAGGACCAAACUUUAAAGACCUGAAACAAGAACUAAACAAAACCUCAAUAGCAAUAAAAGAAAUUACGAAGAAACUGAACUCAAGUAUAAUAAGAAGACAAACAAAUCAAUUAUUAGUACUUCUACCAAGUAAUACUCAAAAUAAGUUAGAAGAAAUCUAA